GCCCCGUCCCGCCGGAGCUCCUCCGCGGCGGCCGGCAGGGGCUCCGUGAGGGCGGCGGCGCCCGGCGGCCGCGUCGACGGGCGCUCGGCCCGCAGCGCGCCGCCCGGACGCGGCGCCCGGGGAGCGGGGCGUCGAGCCCCCGAGCGUGAGGGCAGGCGGCUCGUCGCUGCCGGCCAUCUGGCCGCAGCAGAUGCCAGGGCCGUCGAGGACGGACACCUUCGGCAUGCUCGACCAGGCGUCGCCGCAGCUCCCCGUCCGCGGGGGCCAAGGCUGAGGAGCGUCACCCCGAAGGCGAUGGCCUACAGGCUUGCGGACGUGCCCCCCAGCGCCGAGGGCGGCUCCACGGUCAUCACCCUCAGCACCGAGCCGAACACGGUGGGCACCUGCAGCCGCAGCGUCCCCAGCCCCGCCGGCAGCUCGCUGUCCGCCCGCAGCAGCCUGCUGGGCGCGGAGCGCGGCGGCGCGGCGCAGGGCGGGCUGCGGAGCAGCCUCGCGCCGGGACGCCGCGCCAACGGCAGCAGGCGCGCGUGCCGGGCCCAGGACGCAGGCGUGGUGGACUGCUUCCUGGUGUUGGCGAAGGCAGCCGACGCGUCGGGCGAGUCCGUGAUGCUGCUGCUGCGCACGCUGCGUUUUCUGCGUUCCUGCCAGUACUCUGAAGAGGACAUUUGCCUGAUGCUCGCGCACGCCAGUAUUUAUCCAGCUACACGUACGCGGCCACAGGGCCCAACAUGACUUCGAACGAGAUAGGUAACGUUUUAGUUACCCUCAUCUUCCUGGCGCAUUGCUGGGUCGAGGACGAGACUUGCCCCCUUCGGACUUGGCACCAACACCUUUUCGCGCAGUACUGCAGCCUGGGCACGCUCAGCUCGGCCGUCCUGCGCCUCAUGGAGCUGCGCGGCUACAUCCUGAGGGUGAGCAGCGAGGUGGCUGAGCGCCGAACGCAUGCGCUCCUGGCCGCCAGCGAGGCCGCGGCGCGCGCCUGCACGCCCGUCCCGCGCCCGCUGCCGGCGCGCUCUGGCUACUUCGGCACGCACUCGCAGGGCAGCACGUUCCUGCGGCGCGGCCUGGAAACCAUCCUGGACACCUGCGUGUCGCGGGCGAGGACCGACGACGGAUGAAAGUUGUGGUGCCGAAAAUAUUUAGAUUCACUCAUUCAUGUGCUACGAUCAUAUUUAAAUCGCUCCGUAUAGUUGCUUUGCUUAUGUCGCUCCUCGAGUACAUGCCCGCCUUCUCCUCCUCCUCCUCCUCCUUUUCCUCCCUCCUCCUCCUUCCUCCUCCCCUCCCCCUCCACCCCGCGGCGGGGUACAGUUUUAUUGCUCUGCUGGGUGCCGUAUCCUGGUGCUCGGCCCUGCGCCGCGGAGACACUGUUACAGUCAACUGCUCGUUAAACGAACGGCGUUACGACCAGUGACAAUCAUGCUGGCUGCUUGCGCUCGUGUUUCUGCUCCUCGGCACCUUGCCAGGAGUCGUGUCGUUCAGCUCCGCCCGUGACACUGGUGCCAUGCUCCGCGCUUGAUACUUUCAGGCACGGGCAUUGUACAUUUGGUUGAGAGGCGGGGCCAUGUGGGUCAUGAGUCCCAUGGAGCCUUUGUGCCCGUUCGCCCUGGGAUACCAACCCAAUUGCACAUGCCAGUCGAUUGGGCGGGGAUGAUGGUAGGGAAGGGCCUUCGCGGUGACGAGGUGCACCGACCGUUUCCCACACGAACGAUGCCAUCUCUUUUGGGCGGCGAGUCCUUGCCUAUCCCUUGCCCUGGGGUGGGACCAGAGCGUAGAACGCUGUAUGUUAUUAGGCCAAUCGUGGGGGUCGACUUGGGCCCCUCCGAGCGUCUCCGACGUGCCCCCUCGCCUCCCCCUCGCCUCCCCCUCGCCUCCCCCCCCGCCCAUCGCGGGUGGCUGCGAGAUGCUGUCAGUGGCCUGUCAGUGGCCUAGCUGUCAGCGGGCUGUCAGUGGUCCGUCAGUGAACGUGGACAUCAGGUGUGCAUGAGCAUGCGCAGCGCACUUGCAGUAGUAGUGCUGGUGGUGCUCCUCUUCCUCUCUCCUCUUCCUCGGGAACGAUCCUCCCGAGCCGUUUGCCGACAUGCCCCUGGGGGGUGCCGGCCCGUGGCUGGCCCGGAGGGCUGGGCGAGAAGUGCCACAGCGGGCCAGACGGCGGGGAGGAG